AUGUCACGUGUGAAGGUGGAGGACGCCGGUGGCGACACCAUCUGGCACACUGAACACGACGGUAUCCGCUACCCAAACUUCCUCAACAUCGACUCUUUCACCAACAUCCACAACCUCCCCACCAGAAACGAUGACAUCUUCAUCUGUGCUUACCCGAAAUCGGGCACACACUGGGUCAGCGAGAUGGUCCGACAUCUUGUCGCAGGUCAUACAAAUCUGAACAGUGUGGAGACGAUCACAAGGGUGACUGAAUACCUUCCACAGAAUGUGACGUCACUUCCGUUACCCAGAAUUCUCAACAGUCAUGACAACGUGAAGCUGCUCCCGGCUGACAUUUUCAAGAAGAGAUGUAAACUUGUGUAUGUGAUGCGGAAUCUUAAAGAUGUAACCGUGGCAUCGUACAACCACACCCGAAACACACGACAGUGCAGGUACCAAGACAAUUGGGAGAAUUACAUGGAAUACUGCGUUCUCGGCAAAUUUCACUAUGGGUCUUGGUUCGACCACGUCCUCGAGUGGGAAUACCUUAAGAAGACGCAUCCUGAUCUUCCGAUACUUACCCUCCAUUAUGAGGACUUACAGGAGGAUCCUCUACGAGAGAUUAGGAAAGUGAACGAGUUCCUGGGAUCAUGUCGCAGCACCGAGUUCCUGCGGGAGGCGAUUGACCUCGCCCGCAUUGGGAACAUGCAACAGAUGAAGUCAAGAUCCACAGCCUACAGUGGAGGUGAAGUUGGUGACUGGAAGAACUGGUUCACUGAGGCCCAGAACGAGUGGUUUGAUCAGCUGUACCAAGAGAAGAUGGCGGACUCUGACAUCAAAGUUAGAUUUACGUUACCGUAG